ACGGAACACAUUCAGGAAAAUAUGGACGUUUCUUGUUACGUGUAGUGAUCUCGAGGAGGACGCGACGAAGCAAAAGUGGUCACGUGGUGGUCACGCUACCUUGUUCUUCCCAGUCGCUUUGCUACCAUCAUGAUGAAGUCGAGGAACCAGCAGCAGGCCCAGCAGAUGAAAUACAGCCGAUGGGUUCAGCAAGCCGGUCACGAGAAGCCGUCACGAGAAAUGGCGUUCACUUCCCAGCCUCUCAGCAGAACACGCAAAUCUUCCUUGGUAUUUGGUCCGCUGCGAGGACCACGAGAAAUAGCCAGCUCUGAACGGAACGAUGGACUACACUUCCACAUGCUCUCCCAAGACUUCGAGAAGCGACCUAGCGUAUACAAUAUGCUUGUCAGGAAUAUUUUGCUUCUCUUCCUUCUCCUCUCCGUCAUUAUUGGAUUUCUCUUCGGAUCCCUCCUACGGCACAGCGGAACUUGGACUCUGCAAGAAGCUGCUUUGCUCCGGCUUCCUGGUGAUAUCUUCUCGCGUGUCCUGCAUUGCCUUUCCAUUCCCUUGGCGAUGACAAGCGUGACAGGCGCAGCAGGAAGUUGGAAACGUGGCAUGUUGGUCAGAGUGGGCUUGCGAACCCUCGUUUACAUUCUCUGUACCACUUGCGUUGCCGCCGUCAUAGGCCUUAUACUCGCCAUGGUUGUUCGUCCUGGAGGACGUGCAAAAAGCCUUCCACCCAAUCCACUGACCGACAGCGGAGAAGCGACGCACAUCCGAGACGUAGGGCUCAACGAUGUGCUCGACAUAGUGAGGAAUAUCGUACCAGGAAACGUUAUGGAAGCCUUCUUGUUUAUGACAGAGACAUCCUUGAGCACUGGAAACGAAAAGAGCCAUUCUUCGAUCGCCACGGUAAUAGAACACAAGCUCACGAGUCCCAAUAUCUUGGGUCUUGUCACAUUUUCUCUGAUGGUUGGCUUCUCAAUUGCAUACAACGGGGACGGUCCAGAAAACAGCCUCAUUCGCUUCUCCCUCCUCAUGAGCAGCAAAUUCAUGCACAUGGCCGAAGUCAUCCUCAAGUACUCACCCAUCGGGAUAUUCUCCCUGAUCGUUUCCGAUGUCCUACGCGUGAAAGACGUUUCUGGUGUUGUUUGGCAUCUCGGCAUAUUUGUCUUCACAGUCCUUCUAGGCCUGGGCGUCCAUGCUUUCCUAUUCCUGCCGACAGUUUACAUGGUUUGCGUUCGCAAGAACGCCACACACUUCUUCGUAAAUGUUCUCUAUCCAAUAUUCAUAGCGUUCGGAACUACGUCUGCAGUAACUACGAGUCCCGUGACCAUGAGCAUUUUGGAGACUCGAAUAGGAGCCUGUCCUGGUAUAGUGCGGUUUGUGCUUCCCUUUGCAGCAUUGUUCAAUUGCGACGGCACAGCGCUGUACGAAGUGGUUUCUGUCGCCUUUAUCGCUCAGCUGCGACAAGCGGACCUUGGAUUUGGGAAAUGGAUCAUGGUCACCAUAGCAGGUGCGUUCUCGUCGCUCGGAGUGCACGGACUUCACCCAUCUCUCAGAGGCCUCGCGCAUAUGGCGCUGCUACUCCGCGUGGCUGAUCUUUCUCCAAACGACGUUGGACUAGUAAUGGCAACACAUUGGUUGCUGUCUCGAUUUUGUAGCGCCAUCAACUUAUUAAGCGGCUGCGUUGCCGUAGCCGUCCUUCAAUCCACUGUGGAGGAGGAGGCUGACUUCAUCAUAUGCGGAGCUAUCGAAGACCAGUACGUACCGACCGUUCAAGUCACGGGAACUGCAGACACUUCCAAAGCGACUGCAGCUGAAUGACAAACUCCAAUACUUUUGUUCCCGACUGGCUUCAUUAAAGAACCGUGCCCAUGUACA